AUGACCUGGAUGACUGAGAGAGACUUUGUCUGUACCUGUCUCGAUGGAUUCGAGGCCGGAGAUCCCGAACAACCCCCCAGAGACACCAACCCAUGUGGAGAUAUUGACGAGUGUCUUGACAACAUCUGCGGCGACUAUGGAACUUGCACCAACUCAGUAGGAAGUUUCAGUUGUCAAUGCAAUGACGGCUUCCUCAAUGUCGCCGACGCAGUUCCGGUUUGCCAAGAUAUCGACGAGUGUUUCAACUCCACCGUGUGUGGCCCUGAUUCGAUCUGCACCAACACGCCUGGAUCUUAUGAGUGCGCCUGCACGGUGGGAUACGAACCAACUGAUCCAAGCCUGGACCCAAGCGAGACCAACAUCUGUAUUGAUAUUGAUGAAUGCGUCAAACAUGACGCCAUCUGUGGUCCUAACGCCAACUGCACCAACACAAUUGGAUCUUACGUCUGCACCUGCCUCAGCGGUUACCGGCUGAACAACCCGAGCGUGAUAGCCAGCUACGCUAACCCAUGCACAGAUAUAGAUGAGUGCUUUGAGACACCUGGUAUAUGUGGCAGACAAACCAUAUGCACUAAUGUACCGGGCACGUUUUACUGCUCCUGUCCUGAGGGAUUCUUCCCUUCGACGGGGAUUUUGUGGAUUUUGGGAACCUCGUUUUGUGAAAAUCUUCAGGACAUUCUAGAAGAGAUAGAACCCAAAGAGGGCGAGACAAAACAAAGAGCUUUUCUUGGCCACAUGGAGCAACAACUGAUCGACAACGAAGGCAUCAUGGUGCCAGGCCCGACGGUGGCAAACAGCUUAUCGGCGUCGAUGGAAGUGUCAGGUGUCGGACCGCUCGCCAGGUCGGUGGGGGUGAGCAGCGAAGGAGACGGGGAGACCGGUAGCCUCAUCCUGGGUCUCUCUGACCGUUUAGUCGCUGCCAUGGUGCAGCCGGGUCAGAACCUCAACAAGACAACCAUAAGAAGUUCAACUCUGGAUUUAAGCCUUGAAACUGUCGGGCCUGGAAACAACAUUGGAGAGAGGUCUUCGCUCUCAGCCAAAGGAAACAUGAUGGAGAUCAACCUGGACGGCCUGGCCAAAAACAACAACGGUUCUGCAGCAGCUGCCUUCCUCACAUUAGAUGGCAUGGAGAGUCUUCUCAGUCACACGUACUUCCAGACAGUGAACAGGACGGAGAUGUACUCCGACGUCAUCACCGCCAUCUUACCCUCCAUGAACAACACCAACCUCACCGAGCCGGUCAACUUCACCAUCCAACACAAGAAGAUGAACAUGCUGACGGUACCUGAGGCUAGUAUGGUGACCUGUGUGUACUGGGAGGACAAAAGUCUGGGUGCGGCAGCCAAAAAGAUCAGGCGCUGGUCGGUUGAGGGCUGCGGGGUUGCAUUCACUAAUGAAAACUACACGGUGUGCAGCUGCUCUCAUCUCUCCACGUUUGCCCUCAUUCUGCAGAUCGCAGAGCCUCCGCCUGACAGCGACUUCUUAGAGUGGCUGAACCGGAUGUGCGUGAUCAUCGGACUGUUCUUCUUUGCUCUGGCCAUCUUCACCUUCCUCCUGUGCAGCUGGAACCCCAAAAUCAACAACACGGCCCGUCUUCACCUGUGUCUCAACCUCGCCUUUUCUCAUCUGCUGCUGCUGUGGAACGACAGAUAUCUUGAAGACGAGCUGGCCUGCACUGUCAUGGCGGGCCUUCUCCACUUCCUAAUCGUGGCCAGUUUCGUGUGGAUGCUGCUGGAGGCGCUGCAGCUCCACUUGCUGGUCCGAAGGCUCUCGAAGGUGCAGGUCAUCCAGAGGGACGGUCUCCCCAGGCCGCUGCUCUACCUGAUCGGCUACGGAGUUCCUUUUGUGAUUGUGGGCGUUUCUGCGCUGGUGUACUCUGAUGGAUACGGCGCCACUGCAGCACAGGUGUGCUGGCUGUCCGAAACAAGACACUUCAACUGGGCUCUAACAGGACCAGUGAUAACCGUCCUCGGACUUAACUGCGGCCUGUUCGGCGCUACUCUGUGGAGUCUGAGACCAACUCUGGCCAACAUGAAGAGCGACGUCUCUCAGUCCAAAGACACGAGGUUGAUUGUGUUCAAGAUCCUGGCCCAGUUUGUUAUACUGGGAUGUACCUGGAUUCUGGGCCUGUACCAGACGAACCUCUUCUUCCAGGUUCUGUUCAUAAUUCUCAACUCUCAGCAAGGAACCUUUCUCUUCAUCGUCCACUGUCUGCUCAACAAGGAGGUGCGAGAUGAGUACAUCAAAUGGCUGACCUGUUCCUUCAACAAGCCCAGAGAAGGAGGAGGAUCAGUGAAAGACGUGCCGUCUGUCUCUGAGGACAUGGACAAGGCCGACUAACAGACAAGCUAAAGGCGCUGAGCUGAGUGGAGCAGUU